GAUUGUACAGCUAGCACACCGCGCUCAUAUCAUCCGCUUCCCCCCGCCCCCUCACGCACAAACAAACAAACCCGGAUCGAGCGAAUUCAGCCGAGCUCGCUAGCUUCAGAAACCCUCGCGAGCAAGAAGCUAGCUCUCUCAAGCCUCGAGCUUCUCCUCCUUCUAUAUAACCCUAAAUCAGUUGCCUUUCUCGAGUUCUUGCGAAUUGCCAACCGAGAGCUCACUCUCCUGUAGAGCAGCUCCUGGAGAGGAUCACGGUCGCUAGCAAAUAGCAAAGCAAGGUUUACGGAGGUAGCCAUGUGCGACUACUUCUUGCAAAGGAUGGACGGCGACCACCGCCAGGCCGGGGACCUCACCGACGUCAUCCGAGCCGGCGGCGCGAUGCCGGCUGGUGUCGCGGAACUGUCCUCCACGGGCACCCCGGGGUGGCAUCAGCUCCCGGCUCCCGAGCCGGGAGCCGGGCUCUUCCCGCCACCCCAGCCGUCGUCGUCGGAUGGCGCCGGCCCGAGCGGCGACGGCUUCGGGGAUGCGUUCGCCGGCCUCUCGGACGCCUUUGGCACCGGCAGCGACUUCCGCGCCUGCUCCUCCGGCGGCGCUGCCGGCUUCUUCGACUUUGAGGCGCCUGUCGGUGGCAGAGGAGGCGGAGGCGCACUGGUGGAUAGCGGCGGGGGCGGAGUGGUGGCGAUGGGGAUGCAGAUGCCGGCGCUGUCACCGAGAGAGAUACGGCCGUACCCGGUGAUGAUGGCAGAUGGUGACACCGUGAAGCUCGGCCUGCCGACGAUGAUGCCCGGGCUGGCGGUUGGACCGCCGUGCGCGUUCGACGCCGUCGGAGCGAUGCAGAUGCCGUCGCCGCAUGGCGGCGGGAUCAAGCGCAGGAAAAACCAGGCAAGGAAGGUGGUCUGCAUCCCAGCACCUGCAGCAUCAGCAGAAGGGAGGACCACCGGUGAGGUUGUUCCUUCUGAUCUCUGGGCUUGGAGGAAGUAUGGGCAGAAGCCUAUCAAAGGAUCCCCCUACCCAAGAGGGUACUACAGGUGCAGCAGCUCGAAAGGAUGCCCGGCGCGGAAGCAGGUGGAACGCAGCCGGACAGACCCAAGCUUGCUCGUCAUCACCUACAACUCGGAGCACAACCACCCGUGGCCGACGCAGCGCAACGCGCUCGCCGGCUCGACGCGGUCUCACCACGCCAAGAACAGCAAGAACAACUCCUCGCACAACCUGCAGAAGCCAACCGUUAAAGCGGAGCUGGAUCAUCAAACCCCGCCCGUCACCAGCGCCGCCGCCACCGCCACCGCAGCCACAAGCACCACCACCACAGCGACCACAAGCACUACCAGUAACAACACUCCGACGACGACGAUGGCCGUGAAAGAGGAGACGAUGGCCGGGUCAGAAAUGGACAAGGAUAGUUCAGACCAUCAUGAUACUUCUGUCGCGCUGGAUCACGGUGAUCUCAUGCAGCAGAUGUUCAGCCAGAGCUACAGGCCGUUGAUACCGGAGGGCGGCCACCACGUCGACGACUUCUUCGCCGACCUCGCCGAGCUGGAGUCGGAUCCCAUGAGCCUGAUCUUCCCAGGCUGUGAUCCAGGCAGCAGGGAGAAGGCAGCACCACCCAAGGGCUUGGGCGCCGAUCCAUUGUUCAACAUGCUGGAUUGGGGUGCCAAUAAUGUAGUUGCUACUUCCGCAGGGAGUUCAUUUGAGCAAGGUGAGAGUGGUUUAUGACAUUGUUUAGCUUGGAAACGCAAGCAUACACAUGCACACACCAGAUUUGAUGUCUAGGAUAAUAACCAUUGCAUUAAGAUGGCAAUAGGUAGAAAAGGAAAAGAUGAGAGCCUUUUUGUUUCUCUGUUCCCCUCUUUUAGUAUUUUUUUUCUUCAUUUAUUUGCAUUGUUCUAAUGAUGUGCUUCAGAUCAUUGAGAUUUUGAUCGAGAUGAUCUACUAGAUGUAAACAUUUUGUCUGCUCUUUUAGGAGGUUGGUGAGUAUAAUAUGGAUGAAUUGUACUCUCACACCUUAUUAGUUUCUUCAA